AACCCGUCUGGAUCUUCCUCCAGUGUGACAAUCUUGACAUAUGUAGCAGAGCUCAGGCUGCGUCCUGGACAUGUCACCCCCUGUAUUCUUCGGGCUGUUCUCGCAGAGUGUGUGGUCCUGGGCGGUCUGGCUCUGCCUCCUGUAUGUGCUGGUGAAAGCCUGGAAGCUCUACCUGAAGAGGAGGCAGCUUCUUAAAGCCUACAGCCCAUUUGAAGGUCCCAAGCGUCACUGGCUGUUCGGCAAUGCUCAUGAGUUCCAUGGGGAUGGCAAGGACCUGGACGUUAUACUUCGUUACGCUGAACAAUACCCGUACGCCUAUCCAUUGUGGCUGGGAAAUUUCUUUGCAUCACUGACUAUAUGCCACCCAGAUUAUGCAAAGGCCAUUCUGUCCAGGCAGGAUCCGAAGGAUAACUUUGGAUACUACUUUAUUACUCCAUGGAUUGGGAAGGGAUUGCUGGUGUUAUCAGGACAGAAGUGGUUUCAACACCGCCGGCUGCUGACCCCGGGAUUUCAUUAUGAUGUUCUGAAGCCGUAUGUCAAGCUGAUGUCCGACUGCGUCACUGUCAUGCUGGACAAAUGGGAACGUCUGGUCCCCAAAGAUAACCCUGUGGAGCUUUUCCAUCACGUCAGCCUCAUGACCUUGGACACCAUCAUGAAAUGUGCCUUCAGCUACCAGAGCAACUGCCAGAUGGACAGUGAGAGCGCUUACAUCAAAGCUGUUUAUGAUCUCUCCUACCUGGUGGACUUCAGAUUUGUCUGUUUACCCUAUCAUAAUGACCUCAUCUUUUACCUGAGCCCUCAUGGAUUCCGUUUUCGAAGAGCGCUGAGAGUAGCGCAUGAACACACAGGUAAAGUAAUUAAAGAGAGGAAACAGUCCCUCAAGGAAGAUACAGAGCUGGAGAAGAUCCAGAAGAAACGACACUUGGAUUUCCUCGAUAUUCUCCUCUGUGCUAAGGAUGAAAAUGGUCAGGGUCUAUCUGAUAAAGAUCUGCAGGCUGAGGUGGACACGUUCAUGUUUGAAGGGCACGAUACAACAGCCAGUGGUAUCUCCUGGAUAUUAUACUGCUUGGCUAAAUACCCUGAGCAUCAGGAGAAAUGCCGGGAGGAGAUCAGAGAAGUUCUGGAGAAGAGGAGAACAGUAGAAUGGGAGGACCUGAGUAAGCUGCCCUACACCUCCAUGUGUAUUAAGGAGAGCAUGCGUCUCUACCCGCCUGUACCAGGGGUGGCUCGUGAACUUAAAGAACCAAUCACCUUCUGUGAUGGCCGCAGGCUGCCCAAAGGUGCUGACGUUCUCAUCAGUAUUUAUGCCAUAAACCGCUGCUCCAGUGUCUGGGAGAAUCCAGAGGUUUUCGACCCCCUUAGGUUUUCUCCAGAAAACACCUCCAAUAGGCACCCCCAUGCCUUCCUGCCCUUCUCUGCCGGAGGAAGGAACUGCAUUGGGCAGAAUUUUGCGAUGAAUGAAAUGAAAGUCGCCAUUUGCCUGACUUUACAGAGGUUUGAACUGCACACGGUCCCCGGGAAAGAACCAUUAACACAACCCCAAUUAAUUUUACGCUCCGUGAACGGAAUAUACAUCAAUCUGAAGAAGAUAGACAAGAUGUGACAAGAUGAAAAAGAUCUGACAAUGCGAUAACGCAAACCUAUUGGCCAAUGAAAAAAAGAAGUUCAGAAAAUCUUCAUAAUUGUUAAUAAUUGUAUCCCGCGUCUAUUUCUACAUGGACGUAAUCCUCUUCUAUACAUAAUCUCCCAAUGGCAAGUAAUUUAUUAACCAGUCCAAAAAUAUGGCGCCACCCAUUUUCACAGCUCAGCCUCAUCCCCUUCAAUGGAGCUGAGCUGCAGUACCAGAUAAAACCCAAGCAUGGGUGCGGUGCUGUUUUUGCAAGAAAGCAGACAUUUUUUCCUAAUCUUGGACAAUUCCCAUUCUGGCUAUUCCAAUCCCCAACCCCUGGGACUGACAAAAAAAAGAUGCACAACGAAUGCUCAAAAUAAAGGAUCUGUGUUUUUUAUAAAAAUGUUCUGUUCUUCUGACGGAUCAAAGGUAAUUAGUUUCAUGAGACACCUAGCAGAAAUGCCGAAAAGGCCACUUUUGGACAAGAGUGCACUGCACUCACCACUAGAGGACUCUCUGAGUGGAUCCCAUAUAGAAGUCUGUGGACCCAUAGGCACACAGAGGUUUUUGCCUUCUCCACUGGAUGCCAUAUUAUAGCUUUAUUGCUUUUACGUGGAUUUUGUUAUUAGGUGGUUUGGAGCUAUGCAGAUAAUUUUAGGGGUCUAGACCUCCAAUAGUGUCCUCAAAAACGAAUAAGGUCAAUAGACUAUAGACUGUAAUGAGAUCCAUGGCGCCUGAUAAAAAGUCCUCAAAUAUUGAGGGGAAACAUGCCCAUCCCCCGAUUGUCCAGCUGACAGCUAUUUCUCCCGCAGCCACCAUACACAUGCUCCAUCCUACCGACUACCUCAUACACAUGCAUCCUCUGUCCUGCUGAGUAUGCAGCCACCAUACAAAUGCUCCAUCCUACCUACUACCUCAUACACAUGCAUCCUCGGUUUUGCUGAGUAAGCAUGUGUUUCCAAUUGCAAGAGAGAAGACAGUCACUGCCAGACGCCUCAGCUUAUUUCCUGCCAGGACAAAGUGAUCUGGCAUUGAAAUUCAACUUGCCUGAUCUCCCCCCAACAUUGGGACUAGUCAGAAGGACCUCUACACAUUAAUCCCUGCCGAUAUCCUAAUGCGCAUGGACCAGAGAGGUUGGAUUUUUCCUGUCUGACCCCCAAUGUUUCCCGCUUAGAUAAGCGGCGCCGUAUGUGUAUGACAGCCACUUAUCUGCCCUGUCAGAUAAAAUAGGAUUAAGGGCUUGUUCACAUCACUGUUAUGGAUUCUGUCAUUGUUUUCGCUUUCAACGGAAAAUAACGGAAUCCAUAAGACGGAAGUCAAAACGAAAGCCUUGAAGAGGCAUUCCGUUUUGAUCUUUCGCAAUACAAGUCGGUGGGCAGUCCUGCAUAACGAAAACCAGGACGGAUGCGUUAUGCUGCCUAUAGACUUGUAUUAUGAUGGAUUUCCGUCAUAAUAGAAGUCUACGGGCAAGCAUAACGGAUCCGUCUGGUUUCCGUUAUGCAGAACGAAAAAAAAGUCCUGUCGACAGGUUUU